AUGAAGCAUAUGGUCACUGAUCUAGAGUUUGCUAAUAUUUUCACAAAGGGCUUAGAUGUUCCCCUAGUUUUCAAAAGGAUUCUUCAGUUGCCGUCUUUCUACAACAACUAUCGUGUGCUCUCUAGUUGCUCUUCCUCCACCGAGUAUUGCUCAAGAUUCACUCUCUUCAUCAAGAUGUCUCAACAAUCGUCUUCCUUCUCUCCCAAAGAAGGGUAUCCUCUCAAUGUGCAUGACACUGCUACAAGCACUGAUAUGACUAACCCUAAUGAGGUUCUGAAUGUUGCACCUUUGAGAAUGGUGCAUGUUGAUGAAACGAAGGUAGGGAAACUACGCACUCCACAUGUACGGAAACCAAAGGAGGAUGUUCGCGGCAGAACCACCAAUCCCUCAUCUUCCACUCCUCGUGAGGAUUUAACAAAGGAAGGAUCAAGGUAUAUUCACAAAGCCAUUGCUAAAAUUGUCACUCGUAUCUUGGAUGAACAACAUCAAGUACCUGGGAUAUAUGAUGUCAAUGACAUUGGGAAUAUUGGUGCUGAUGCUGGUACAUGUACUGCUACAAGAACAGUCUCACAUGUUAUGGAUCUUGAUGACUUUUCUAAUAAUGAUCUGGUAGCUGCUGUGAACCCUGGCUUAACUAAGAGGCUUAUGACUAUGAGAAAAGGAAAGGCUGUUGUACAAAGUUCUCCAAAGAGUAAGGUUACUUCUAGAGGUCCCUCUACUGACUUUAUCAGGAAGAAAAGUACCUCUACAGGUCCCAUAAAGAGCAGAGUUGUGUCUCAAAGUGUUUCUGUUGGUCCAACCAAAUCCUGGAGCAAAGUUAUUCCCAAGAAAAGGAAGGCUCAAGCUAUAGUUGACUCUGACUCCGAUGUUGAUGUUGAUGCUCAAGAAAUUCCACUAAGGAAGAAACCAACAACUAGCAAGCUGGCUGCUAGUGUUCCUGAGGUACCCAUUGAUAAUAUCUCUUUUCAUUAUCCUUCCAGUGUCAACAGGUGGAAAUAUGUUUACCACAAGAGGUUAGCUUUGGAAAGGGAGUUGGCUAAGAAUGUCCUUGAGAAUAAAGAAAUCAUGGACCUAUUUCAUGAAGCUGGACUAUUGAAAAUUGUUGUCUAUGUGCCUACAUGUUAUGAAAUGCUGGUUAAAGAGUUCAUUGUGAAUUUAUCAGAAAACUGUGCUGAUAGAAAAUCAAAGGAUUUUAGAAAAAUAUAUGUCAGAGGAAAAUGUGUUACCUUCUCCUCCACUGUUAUCAAUAACUUUCUUGGAAGAUCUGAUGAAGCUCAACCCGAGCUGAAAGUGACUGACAACAAAAUAUGUGAGGUUAUCACGGCUAAGAAGGUGGAAAUAUGUAAGGAGCUAGAGUCCAGAAAACUGGAUCUUGAAAUAUUGAUCAGCUCCCUUGAGAUGGAUGGAGGAGCUAAGUUUGCUGAUACUGAUAUGGAUGAACAGGGUGAAGAGGAAGGUGAAUCAGAUAGAGAGAUUGAGAAAGAAGCCAGUCCUCAUGAUGGCACUGAUGAACUCAGCACCUCUGAGCCUGAAGGCUGA